GCGGGCGGAAACAUAAUGGUUUCGGUAUUGGUCUGGUGCCGAUUCAUAAGAUAAGUGACCUUAUUUUUUGCUGUUAAAAUAAAAACUUAGUUUCAAAUUCCUAAUAAAUUCCCUUCAUUAACUGUAGGCUGUCCAUAUUAUUUUUCACAUAACCGUUUUUUUAAGAUGUUAUGUACAUUAUUGUAACAGCCGUUUUCUCGGUCCGGUUAGCGCUUAACCAAAACUUUAUCAACAAAAUGGCAACAUGGUUAAAAAUGGUUCUAUUAAUCUCUAGUUAUUAUGCAUAUUUGCAAUCAUAUACGGAAGAACUUAGAGUUGAAGUCUCUUCGCCUUGCCUCUUCGUCUCCCCGCCUACGAAAACUGGUUUGGGCGGCAGUAAAGCUACCGGCGGUUAUUAAAUAAUAUUAACCGGGAAUUGAGUAAACGGCCCUAAAUAAUACAAUUUAUAAUCAGCUGGUGAAGUAAUUAGUAUUAUAUUAUGACUACGAAUUGUAUUUAAAUUUGAAGUUGAUGUACAAGACUUCACCAGAUAUAGAAAGAAAAUGGAUUCCUGGCUUAAACAAACCAUAUUAUCAGACAAUCAGGAUUUAUCAACCAUUUGCUUCAAAUUGCUCAGCUGGUUGGAUACCGAGUUUUGUGGCACAAUGACGUAUAAACAUAUUGAAACAAUCCUUACGAGUGCUGUGUUCGUUGAUAUCAUAUUCGAAAUGAUGGGAGAAGAACUAACUAAGGAUUUAAUGAAGAAAUAUGCGCACCACAGGCUAUUUUUAAAAGAUCAUUGUAAAAGACUAAGUGAAGUUGGGGUAACUUUACAAUCAGCUGCUAAAAUUUUAGCAACUCCUGAUGGCUAUAAAUAUAUUUUUACCGUGGAAAACUUACUGAAGCAUUUGCUAACUGAUGUUAACUUGAUUUAUAAUAAUUCUAUGGGGUCAGCAAGAAAUAUAAGAAAUGAUAAUUCGAAGUACAAAAUGCAUUUAAUAGUUGAAAGAAUCUUCCAGUUGCCACCCAAGAAUAUUAAUAUUUCGGUGGAUAGGAUGUUGUCUCAUUGUGAUUUUUCUCUAAUUGGACAUAUUUUUUUGGAAAAUACAAAUAACCUACAUAUUAGCAAAUAUAAGAUUUUAGAAUAUAAAAUUUGCACAAAAAUUGCCAAAGGAAAUAUAAGUCCAUCUUUUAUAAAAUCGAUGUAUGUAACAGCUUCAAGUUCAUUAAAGGGUAACACUUUUUUUAAAUCGUGCCUUAGAAAUGAUGUUUUCGCCACUAGUUUGAUAGAAUUUUUCAUGCUAUUUUUUGAAAACAUUGAAAGAGUAGGAUAUAAUAUGGCAGGUAAUUCCAAGCAUAAUUUAUCUGACAUAAUUUUUUUAGUGCAUUGUGCCCUAAGUUCAAACACGCCUUCUAUUUCUCAAUUGAAUAAUACAAUACGUACUAACGAAACCGUUGCAAAACUAAUAAAAAAAUCAUUUUUUAUUUAUUAUUAGUAUUAUAGUUUAGUGUAAAUAGUAUGUACGUAUAUGUAAACAAAUAUUUUAAUUUCCAAUAAAAGUAUACUAAAUAGUA